UUUAGAAUAGGCUUGUUUUAGCUGGUCUUUAAAUGUUAAAUGGCUGUUGAUACCUAGGACAAAAGAUACAUGUAACAUAAAUCACAACCAGGAUUGAGUAGAAAGUUUAAAGCUCAUAUGAAACUCACUCCAGAGGCUGAAACUUGGGGGUGUUACUUCCAUAAGACAGAUAUUCCAAUCCAUAUCAGCAGCCAUUGUUAGAUUCUUUUACUGAUAAAUAUGACCACUCAUCGUGUCUUAGUGACUGGAGCAUCGGGUUUGCUUGGUAGAGCUAUAUUAAAGGAGUUCAAAGCAUCAUCUAGUUGGGAAGCUCUUGGUCUGGCAUUCUCUCGGGCUCGAGCAGAUCUAAAGAAAGUGGAUUUAACUGACAGGAAAGCUGUGAAUGAUGUAGUCAAUGAAUUCAAGCCAGAUGUUAUUAUUCACAGUGCAGCAGAGAGGAGUGUUGAUGUGAUAGAGAAAGAUCCAGAGGGAACAAAGAGAAUCAAUCUGGAUGCUACACAAUUCUUAUGUGAAGCUGCUGAUGCCAUUAACGCCUGGGUUUUAUUUAUAAGUACAGAUUAUGUGUUUGAUGGAAAGAACCCACCAUACAAAGUAACAGACGAGCCCAACCCAUUAAAUCUUUAUGGUAAAGGUAAAGUGGAGGGAGAGAAGCUUACACUAAAAGUCAAUUCAGGUUAUGGUGUGUUACGUGUUCCUGUUUUAUAUGGUGAAAUAGAGAAACUUUCCGAGAGCGCAGUAACAGUGUUAUUUUCAAAGGUCAAAGACACUUCAACUAAGUCAUUAAUAGAUGCUAAACAACAAAGAUUUCCCACACUUGUUGAUGACAUUGCAUAUGUCAUAAGGGAACUGUCUGAAAAAAAGUUACAGGAUCCAGAAAUUAAAGGAAUCUUUCACUGGUCUAACAAUGAAGUUUACACCAAAUACGACAUGGCUGUGACAAUGGCAAAAGCUUUCGGUAUUUCAACUGAACAUAUUGCACCGGAUAUGUCCUCUAGUAGUACAGCUAACAGACCUGAUAACUCGCAGUUGGACUGUUCUCGAAUUGAAAAUCUUGGCAUCAAUAAACGGACAAAAUUUUCCGAAGCAAUAGUGGACGUUUUAAAGCCUUACCUUUGAGAUUUGAUUUAAUAAUUUUUGGGCUUGGUAAAACUGGUGCGUACAUUUAUAUGUUGAUUUUUAUGAUGUAAUCUUAACAGUGGUUUAUGUAUGUUUUGAACAGGGGAAUUUAGUGUUGUUUUGAAGAAAAAGUGGAUUUUUUAUGUCAGUAAAAAUUAUUGACUCCCCUAACAAAAAUGGAACAUGAUAUAUGUGUCAUUUCCUUAAAAAGUAUAUGAGAUACAUUUUAUUUAUUUUAAGUCUCAGUGGAUUGGUCUACAAUGGGCACAUUUCCCAGAAACGUGUCAAAUUUUGAUAAAAAACAAUAGAAAUGUAUCCUUUGGAUAAUCCUAACAAAAUAUUGCUUGAAAAGAAAGUGUUGAUAAAGUUCUAAGUGAUUUAGUAUGGACAUUAUUAUGAUGAAUAAUUAUAUUUUGUUCUAGAACAUUUUAUUAUCUGCUAUAUAAAUAUAUGUUAUAUUGGAUCAUGUAUCACACUUACCAAC